CUUCCCUCUCAACGAGUUAUACAAACAAACAAAGAUGGACAUCAUCUGGAUCACGUUGACCUUCAUAGCCUUUUUACUAAUCUUUCUCUUCCUAACAAUCUCUCUUCUCAUACUGAGAAUCUUCGCGGGAAAAUCCAUCAAGAACCCGAAUUACCCACCCGUGGAUGGCACGGUCUUCCACCACCUCUUCUACUUCAACACACUCUAUGACCAACAAACAGAAGCUGCCAAGAAACGACGAACCUUCCGGCUCCUCGCUCAGGCGCAAAGCGACGUAUACACGACCGACGUGCGAAACAUCGAGCACAUACUGAAAACCAAUUUCGACAAGUACUCGAAAGGUAAGUUUAACCAGGAUAUUGUGAGUGAUCUUUUUGGGCAGGGGAUAUUCGCUGUGGACGGGGACAAGUGGCGGCAGCAGAGGAAGCUUGCGAGCUUUGAGUUCUCGACGAGAGUGCUUAGAGAUUUUAGCUCUUCUGUGUUUCGGAGAAAUGCUGCUAAGCUGGUUAGAGCUGUUUCUGAGUUAUCGGAUGCCGGUUUGGCCUUUGAUAUGCAGGACAUACUAAUGAGAUGCACUUUAGAUUCCAUAUUCAAAGUUGGGUUUGGGGUAGAAUUGGAGUGCUUGGAGGGAUCAAGGAAGGAGGGAAGCGCGUUCAUGAAGGCCUUUGAUGAUUCAAAUGCUUUGGUGUAUUGGCGCUAUGUUGAUCCUUUCUGGAAGCUCAAGAGGUUUCUCAACAUUGGCUCUGAAGCUGUCCUCAAGAAGAACAUCAAAAUCAUCGAUGAUUUUGUGCAUGGACUAAUCAGGACCAAGAGGAAACUCCUGGCAAUGCAACGAGAAUGUAAUGACAAAGAGGAUAUACUUUCGAGGUUUUUGGUGGAGAGCACAAGGAAUCCAGAGAAAAUGGAUGAUCAAUAUCUAAGGGACAUAAUUUUGAAUUUUAUGAUCGCCGGCAAAGAUACAAGUGCAAACACUCUCUCCUGGUUCAUCUACAUGCUCUGCAAGAACCCUCUGAUACAGGAACAAAUUGCAGAAGAAGUGAGAAAUGUCACCGGCAGUCUAGAUGACGGAGCAAACGUCGAUGAGUUCAUGGCAAAUAUAACCGAUGCAACUCUAGAUCGUAUGCAUCUUCUUCAUGCAGCUUUGACAGAGACCUUGAGGCUAUACCCUGCAGUUCCCAUGGAUGGGAAGUGUUCAGAAAUGGAUGACAUUCUUCCUGAUGGCUAUAGAGUGAAGAAAGGGGAUGGGGUAUAUUAUAUGGCCUAUGCCAUGGGCAGGAUGCCUUAUAUUUGGGGAGGAGACGCGGAGGAGUUCCGACCAGAAAGAUGGCUCAAAAAUGGAAUCUUUCAACAUGAAUCACCAUUCAAAUUCAUUGCCUUUCACGCCGGUCCUCGAAUUUGUCUAGGAAAGGAGUUCGCUUACAGGCAGAUGAAAAUAGUUUCAAUGGCUCUUCUCCGAUUCUUCCGGUUCAAACAAGCCGAUGUUACCAAAAAUGUAACUUACAGGACAAUGUUCACACUUCACAUUGAUGGAGGCCUCCAUGUUUGUGCAAUUUCUAGGACAGACUCGAAGUUCUAGAUGUGAUGAAACUCUCUUAGUAGUACGAAUAGCUGUUACAAGGCAGUAGCCGUGCACUAGAGGGACUUCCUGUUAAGGAACGUGCAGUAGAAGAAAUUCCUGCUAAGGAAGGUUGUGAUGCUGAAUUAAGGAAGGAUCCUUGCGCCAGCUAUAUGCAGAUCCUUAAAUAGCCAUGCCUUAAUAAGGAAUAAAAGAUGCAGUGGGUAUGUUCCACGUACGACUUGUGCAUCAAGUAAGUUUAAUAAGGUAAUUCAGAGUCUUGCUCCUAAAGCAAAGGUUUGGGCAGCGUCAAUAAGGGAAUUAAUAUCCCAGUAGGUUUAAUACUUUACCUAUUAACCAUGUAUUCCUUUUCUAUUCUUCAUACCUUGUAUCACUCUAUAUAAAGAGGAAGUUUAUCAAUAGAACGUAUCAGAAAAUUAUUACACAA